AUGGAGGACCCGCUGCUCUCGGCGGCGCCCAUCAACCCCAACAACUUCCCGGCCAAGCUGUGGCGGCUGGUGAACAGCCCGCGCUUCCGCUCCAUCCGCUGGGACGCCCGCGGCGAGGGCCUGCUCAUCGACCAGCCCUUGUUCGAGGCCGAGCUGCUGGGCGCCGCGGCGGGCGGAGGCGGCGGGGUGGCCGUGGCGGUGGGCGGCGGCCCGGGCGGCGACGGGGGAGCCGCGGCCUCCGUCACCGCGGCCGCCUCCUCCUCCUCCUCCUCCGGCUCCCCCUCGGCCUCGGCGUCGCCCGAGCUCUUCAAGACCACCAACUUCACCAGCUUCAUCCGGCAGCUCAACCUGUACGGCUUCCGCAAAGUGGUGCUGGGCCCGCCCGGAGGCGGAGGCGGCGGCGGAGGCGGGUCGUCGUCGUCGUCGCCGUCGCCGUCGGGCCCCGGCGGGCCCUUGCACCACUUCCACAGCCCGCACUUCCGCCGCGACCGGCCCGACCUGCUGGUGCACCUCAAGCGCCUGACCAGCGCCAACAAGGCCAAGCUGGCCGCCGGCCUCGAGGUCACCAGCCGGCCGCCCAACCGCUUCCAGCGCCUGCUCAGCACCUCCCUGCACGGCGGGGACGCCCUGCUGGCACAGCCGCACAACAGCCCCGCGGGGCAGGCCGCCGCGCCCAACGCCUCGGCCAAGACACCACUGACUUUAGGACAGUUUCACCGCUCUUUUCGGCGAGAGAAUUUAUCUCCUUACUCCUAUCUGUCACCGUCAUCUCACAGCCAAAAUACUUUCCCACUGAAAGGUUCAGAUCAGACUCCUCUUCCUCCCAGAACAUGGCAGAAUUCCCUCGGGAUGCUUCCAGGGCAGGUGGAGACACCAACCUUUUCAGACAAAGGGGUUCCAUUUCCUGUACUUCAGAGGUUUCCAACAGAAGUAACUUACACUCUGCAGCCCAGCGCUACAUCGGUGCACAUUCAGCAAGGGCCACAGACGAUGGCCACAUCUUCCCAGAAAUAUACCAGUUAUGCAGCUUCAUCACCGUACUCCCAAGCUUACUACCCGACAGCUGUAUUACAAUGUUGCUCUCCACCUACCCAUAUGGACCCCUUAAGCGGUUGUGGUAGUCCUACAGCCUCAACCUAUACACACUGCAGUUAUUUUCAGAAUCCACCAAUGCAGUCCUCAUAUCCAGUUGAAUUUUUGCCUUCUAAUUGGUCCUGCAAUGCAUCUGAUGAAAACAAGAAGACAGAAGUCAACUUGGAGGCUGUUUUCCAGAUUGUAGAUGAAAUGCAUUCAUCCCCCAAGCUGGAAAUGGUCAAGGUGGAGCCAGUGGAGAACCAGUGUCCCUCCUCGCAGCCAAGCCGAGGCCAACAGUUGCUAGUUAAUCCAGGGAACAGUGAUGCACCUUCUUCCAGUCAAGCCAGCCACCUAGAACCCCUGACACCUGUGGGCUCAGAUAUCACAUCCUUCGUGGUAGAGUCAGAUCAAGCUAUAGCAUGCUCCUUGCCACAGUCCCCAGAGUUUAUCUACACUAUCCACACCACCGAACCUGUGGAGAACACUACAGCACAAAUGGUGCAGCAGCCUGCAGGCCCACUGCAAACACAAGCAAAGCUGAAAGAACAGCUGAACGAAUCUUCAGCACAGUCUUCUAUGAUGUUUGUACGGGAAGAACUUCCUUUCAGUCAGCUGCAGGAGGAUUCCAAUACCAAGUGUCAGACAAAUCCACCAGAGACAGUUGUGUCUUCAGAGCAAAUAGGCUUCCUCAUUUCGGAGGUGGGUCCUCUCAGCAAAUGUGCCAAAGAGUCCAUUUCAUCCAUCCAAACCAAAUGCAGGGAAAGAAGGAGCAGUUCACAGAAGGGCAAAUCCCCUGAUCUACAUCUGCUAGUGGAUGUGGCUUGCAAGCAGGAGCAUUUCCCAAAGGAAGAAGAAUUAAGGGAGUGAGAACUUGGUGC